GCUGGACAGGCGCAUGAAUGUAUAACCCCUGGGCCACACACAUGUUAACAGGUUAGAGCGGCUGCUGCGUCGCUUCAUCUAGAGAUUCGAGGUCUCGCCUAUUUUCUCCGCGUGACGCGCGCGGUUCUCAGCAGAAAUGGACAGGGAAAACGAGAAAGAUGGGGAUGCCAGUGGCAGAAGCGCCGCAGCAGACACGCUUCCAGUGUGAACGCUGCAAACUUGGGAGACGCAGCAGUUCAGCGACACACACGCACACACGCUGCUGCGUCUCUCACGCUUGCAGUGUGUGGCCGCUCUAACCUGUUAACAUGGGCACCGAAAUGAAAAGCAACAGGUUCCGCGACGCACACGCGCUGCUCACGCAUCCAAUGUGGUCCAGGGAUAAGAGCUGGGCUGUGUUCGAAAUCACAUUCAAACGUACUAUUCAUACUAAGUAUGGCGUCAAAUUGAGUAUGUAGUGCGUUUCAACUGCAUAGUAUGUGGAUUUUGUGUACGCGAGAAAUACCCAGAUGUAUGAGAGCUUGUGAGCUUACUGGACAUACUCAACUGCAUUGCGUCGCGUCUCUUCAGACUGCGCAAUGGGGGAGAUGAGCCAGACUAAAAGCUGGUGUAAUUUUCGCUGUAGGACUGUUAAUAUGUCACUUUAUUAUGUUUCAAUAUUUUUUCAGGCGAGAAAGUAACAAUUUGGAUUCACAAUAUGGGGUCAAGUUAUCCAAAUAACGCCUGAUUAAAAAUUUUAAAUUUAAAAAUCCAUGACGUCAUCACAAUGUAAAGUCUAUGGGCCGAGCGGGGGCUCGCCAACACCAAUGGAGCUCGCGGACAAGUCCAGUGGGGAAACACUACUGCGCACAUUCAGUGGGCCGGACAACAUGUAAACAAACCCGGAAGCUAGACACCUUUUUUUUGCCCCCAGGCGAGCAAUUCCUACAGGAUUGAAUUGGCACCACUCUAGUCCCGUAUAGGCUAUAUACAUCCAUGUCGUUUAAGGAAUAGGGUGGAGCGUAGGCGAGUGAGUGGUUAAGCGAGAGAGCGAGCAUCAGCAAAGUGACGGUGAAAACCAGGAGCGGAGGAAAAGCUCAGGUGCAGUGCACCCUGAAACCUGCCCACUGUCCAGCUCUGCUGAACUUCAACCCUAGAGAGUGAUAUCUGCUUUGUCUGUCGCUCCACCUUAUUGACAGAUUUGCCAGAUAACGUUUGGUGGCUUUAAACAGUCAAGUCAUUGUCUGAAAUCUCUGCAAGUGAGAGGAGUGAGCCUGAUAAGGACGGUCAGCUGUCAGAUAGUUCCACUUGGGAGCAGAGCAGUCCCGGACAGUGCUUCGGACCUCUAAUCCAGAAACCAGCUACAAUCUGCAGGACAUCUUCACAAAGCACUUGAAAGCCUUUUACAGCUCAAACUGGACAGAAGCAUCAUGUUGAGUAAAGAUCUUCCCGAUAUUGAGAGCAUCCUGGCUCUGAACCCCAGGGUGAAGAGUCACGCCCAGAUUGUGUCGACAGCCAACAAGAAGAAAGAAAAGAAACACUGGAAGAGAAACCCUGAGAGGAACUGUGAUUCCUGUGUGAAAUUAGAGAACAACUUUGAUGACAUCAAACACACAACACUGAGUGAGCGUGGAGCUCUACGAGAAGCAAUGAGGUGUCUAAAAUGCGCUGAUGCUCCCUGUCAAAAGAGCUGCCCAACUAACCUGGAUAUCAAGUCGUUUAUUACGAGUAUCUCUAAUAAGAACUACUAUGGAGCAGCGCGGGCCAUCCUAUCUGACAACCCUCUGGGUUUGACCUGUGGAAUGGUUUGUCCCACAUCAGAGCUGUGUGUUGGGGGCUGCAACCUGUAUGCCUCUGAGGAAGGACCCAUUAACAUCGGAGGGUUACAGCAGUUUGCUACUGAGGUGUUCAGUAAGAUGGGCAUCCCUCAGAUCAGGAAUCCUGAGCUCCCACCAGCCAGUGAGAUGCCAGAGUCUUACCAUGCCCCCAUUGCUCUUAUUGGCUGUGGCCCUGCCUCAAUCAGCUGUGCUUCCUUCCUGGCCCGACUUGGAUAUGAUAAUAUCACCAUAUUUGAGAAACAGAAAUACACUGGAGGGCUAAGCACAUCAGAAAUCCCCCAGUUCCGGCUUCCCUAUGAGGUUGUCCAGUUUGAAAUAAACUUGAUGAAGGACCUGGGAGUCAAGGUGGUGUGUGAGAAGGGUCUAGGUGUUAACGGAAUGACUCUGAAGUCUCUGAAAGAAGAGGGAUUUAAAUCAGUCUUCAUUGGGAUCGGUCUUCCUCAGGCCAACAGAGCUGAAAUCUUCAAGAGUUUAACCAUGGAUCAAGGCUUCUUCACUUCCAAAGACUUUCUCCCCAUGGUGGCCUCAGCCAGCAAGAAGGGUAUGUGUCAGUGUCGUGCUUCCCUGCCAGAGUUAAGAGGAGUAGUGAUAGUUUUGGGGUCUGGAGACACUGCGUUCGACUGCGCCACCUCAGCUCUCCGCUGCGGAGCCAAGAGAGUCUACGUCUGCUUCAGGAAGGGAUUCACCAACAUCAGGGCUGUUCCUGAAGAGAUGGAGCUGGCUAAGGAAGAGCAGUGCGAGUUCCUGCCCUUCCUGUCCCCUCGUGAGGUCAUCAUGAAGAACGGACGGGUUGCCGGGUUGCAGUUCUGUCGCACCGAGCAGACUGAGGAAGGUGAUUGGCUGGAGGAUGAGGACCAAAUUGUCAGGUUGAAAGCUGAUUACAUCAUCAGUGCUUUUGGUUCCAUGCUCAACGAACAGAAAGUGAUUGAGGCCAUGGCUCCUGUAAAGCUGACCCGCUGGGGUACUCCAGAGAUCAACACAGACACCAUGCAGACCAGUGAGCCCUGGGUGUUUGCAGGAGGAGACAUCGCUGGUUUGGCAAACACCUCAGUGGAAUCAGUGAAUGACGGCAAACAGGCCUCAUGGCAUAUUCACACAUACAUGCAGUCCCUGUAUGGAAAGCAAGUGGACAAAGUUCCCAAGCUGCCGUUGUUCUACAGUGCUAUAGACCAGGUGGACAUCAGUGUUGAGGUUUGUGGAAUAAAGUUUCCCAACCCAUUUGGCCUGGCCUCUGCUCCUCCCACCACCAGUACAGCUAUGAUCAGAAGAGCUUUUGAACAAGGUUGGGGCUUCGCUCUGACCAAGACGUUUGGACUGAAUAAGGACCUGGUGACCAACGUGUCUCCUCGUAUUGUGCGUGGCACCACCUCUGGUCAUCUGUAUGGACCAGGUCAGGGCUCGUUCCUCAACAUUGAGCUCAUCAGUGAGAAGACUGCAGCCUACUGGUGUCAGUCAGUUGCAGAGCUGAAGAGAGACUUCCCCAACAAUGUGGUGAUCUCCAGCAUAAUGUGUAGUUAUAACAAGGAGGACUGGACAGAACUGGCCAAGAUGGCUGAGGAAUCAGGAGCAGAUGCAUUGGAGCUGAACCUGUCCUGUCCCCACGGGAUGGGAGAGAGAGGCAUGGGACUGGCCUGUGGACAGGAUCCGGAGUUGGUGCGAAAUAUCUGUCGUUGGGUGCGUGCCGCCAUUUCCAUUCCGUUCUUUGCCAAACUGACACCGAAUGUUACCAACAUUGUUGACAUUGCCAAAGCUGCCCAUGAAGGAGGAGCAGAUGGAGUAACAGCCACCAACACAGUCUCAGGCAUGAUGGGACUGAAGGCCGACGGCUCACCCUGGCCGAGUGUUGGAGCGGGCAAACGUACCACAUAUGGAGGGGUGUCCGGUAACGCCAUCAGACCCAUCGCUCUCAGAGCAGUAUCGGCCAUCGGCAGAGCACUUCCUGGUUUCCCAAUUCUGGCCACCGGUGGUAUUGACUCAGCAGAGUCUGGACUACAGUUUCUUCAUGCCGGGGCCUCAGUGUUACAGGUGUGUAGUGCUGUUCAGAACCAGGACUUCACAGUGAUUGAGGAUUACUGUGUUGGUCUGAAGACCUUGUUGUACCUGAAGAGCUUGGAGCUGAAGGACUGGGACGGCCAGUCUCCUCCAACAGAGAAACACCAGAAGGGAAAACCAGUUCUCAGACUGGAAGAACUGGUCGGUCAGAGUCUCCCUAGCUUUGGUCCAUACCUCAAGCAGAAGACAGAAGCCAUAUCAGAGUACAAGAAACGCCUCAGAGUCGCCAAUGACACUGAUGUGAAGGACACCAACACCAUCCAGGCCAACACACCCAAAAAACCUGUUCCUGCUGUCAAGGAUGUGAUAGCCAGAGCGCUGCGCCACAUUGGAGCAUACCAGGAACUUAACAACACAGAGCAGGUCCAGGCUCUGAUAGAUGAAGAGAUGUGUAUCAACUGCGGUAAAUGUUACAUGACCUGCAAUGACUCGGGAUAUCAGGCCAUAAAGUUCGACCCAGAGACCCACCUUCCCUUCGUCACUGACACCUGUACGGGCUGCACUCUGUGCUUCAGCGUAUGUCCAAUCAUAGACUGCAUCAAGAUGGUUACCAGGACAACGCCCUAUCACCCCAAGAGGGGUGUGCCCAUUAGUCCUGUCUGCUAAAGGAAAAGUCAAAACUCACUUCAAAACUUUUUGCCUUUGUGUCACAGUGAAAUAGGCUUGCCUCUUACUGUUAACAUUUAUCUAUGAACUGACUGAAAUUAGCUGAAUCCAACUAAAUUUGAAAUUCAAAUAAUGAAAUUACAGCCUUUUCUUUAGGAAACAUUUGCCUCACCUCUCAGCUGUCAUGGACUCCUCAGGGAGUGCAGUUGUUUCAGUGGUUUAUUCCAUGAACAUGAAUGCAGCACAAGUAAGGAAUUCCUUUUGGUUUGUCUGUGGUGGUACUAGCUAAGACUGUACUGCAGAUGUGGCUGAAAUUAUUGGUACUCUUGCAUUUUAUUAAAAUAAUGCACCAUUCACUCUGAAGUGUUGAAAUUAAAAGAUAUGGCCUGGGCAAAAUUAUUGGUACCCUUUAGAAGGAAGGAUUGCUUGAAUGGUUGAGAAAGAACCAAAGAAAACUUCAAUACAGAUUCAAGCUGAUCGUCAAGUUCAAGGUACAUCAGUUUCAAGUCACAGCAUCCGUCACUGUCUGAAUGAGAAUGGGCUCCAUGAUAGAAGACCCAGGAAGACCCCACUUCUAAGAGGAAAACACAAAAAAGCCAGUCUGGACUUUUCCGAAAAUGCACACAGUCCUUCUGAGAGAAUGUGCUUUGGACAGAUGAAACAAAAUUGGAGCUUUUUGGUAAAUCCCAUCAACCCUGUUUACAGAAGAAAAAAUGAAACCUUCAAAGAAAAGAACACUAUGCCUACUUUGAAACAUGGAGGAGUCUCAGUGAUGUUUUGUUGUUGCUUUGUUGCCUCAGGCACUGGGGGCCUGAAAUCAGAAGACUAUCAAGGCAUUUUG